AUUCAAGGUCUGGCGGGGCACUCCAGACUGAAUUUAGACUGCAAGAAGAUCCCUCAGAAUGCAUACGCCUUCUGAGCAAAAUGUAUACAUUGGAGAGCAAGUCAGUUCUUUUGCUGAUCAGAUGUCGACUCGAAGAUGUAAUCACCAUGCAGAUCGGACGUUGCAUUAUAGUGAAUUAGCAUCUAACUCUCUUACUCUCAACAGAAUGCUCAACCGUGGUCUUACACUUCCUGUUUCAGGAACAUGGUGUCCUGAUUUCAGACAACCUGACUACGUACUUCUGCAGCCUACCCCAAAAAGACGACGAACUUCUUCUGGAUCAGCAGGAUUUCCUCGUCGAUAUUGUACUUCAUCAAGGAAUGGUCAUUUUUCUAACGGAUUAUCAGUGCAUUCAUCUUCUAAUCUUCCCAAUAUGUGUGAAAUGACUAACCAUCGGUUUGUCAGAUCUUUGGAUGCUCGCAACCCUGAAAGUUUUCGUCAAAAUAAUGUUUUUGCUAACCAGCAUUCAUUACAGCAACAUUGGCCACAGGUACUACCGACAUCUCAGCAUCCUAAUCGUUGGCAAAAUGAACUUCAACAGGUCACUAGUUUAGUGUCAGUUGCUGCUGCAGCCGCAGCUGCGGCUGCUGCUGCGACACAAACUAGUACACCCUAUCAUCAACAGUCCUUCAUACCACCGGCUACAAAUGUGAGCUUUUCAGAGAUACCUUGCUCUAGCAGCCAAAAUUAUGUUGCAAUUACAUCAAGAGCCAGGGGUUUCACGCAAGCGAGACCUGGACUAACUAAGCGGCCAAAUUACCGGCUUUCAUUUUCAAAUGGUGUUGGUAGUACUAAAAGAAGAUCUGAGUUUACUGAAGUCAAUGAAACAAACAGUCACACUGAUGUAAAUGGCAGACAUUCGCGUCAAGAGCUGGUGGUUAAUAACAAAGGCAGAGAUCCUCAGUCACCAUCCUCUUUUUCAUCAGCAUUAACGUCUGCUGCACAUUGUAAUCAUCAACUAAAUUCUUCAGUCUCCUUACAAAAUCCCCUUAUUUCGCAUAAUGAAAACAAUAAUAUCCUGUCAAAUAAUUCAGAAAAUACAAAUAACUGUGAUGCAAUUGAAUGUACGGAGGUUGAAGAAUCUACAGAGUCGCUUGGAGCAGAUGAAAUACAUGCGGAUUGUAUGCAUCGUACAGUGGGCGAACAGUCUGAUCUUCUUACGUCUGAUUCUGAGCUGUCGUCUCAAAGCACUAAUCGCAGUGAUGUAUUAUCGUUUGCCUACGCUUCUGGAUGUAAUACUGCAGCUGUAGAAUCAAACAGUAAUAAUGCCAGCAACAGUUUUCUAGAAUCUGUUGACUCUCAGCAGCAGCGGCCCACCUAUACCUUAGAAUCUAAUAUUACAUCACAAGGUGAUCAGUCCAGUUCAACUGUGAUAAAUAAAAAUCCAAUAAAUGUCUGUUUCGAUGGUUUGAAUUCCAAUGGAUCUGGAGCUUUAAGACCUCAUCAUUAUGGUGGUGUGAACGAAAGUGUACAAUUCACACAAUCCUGUUUCUCACGUUCUGAGAUGAACGGAUCUACUGCAAGCUUUGUAGUCCCCUCGCCUACUUCUCAUCCAGAAGAAGCAACAGUUGUUGCCGCAGCUGUUGUCGCUUCUGCUGCAGCUCAUGCAGUUGCUGCAGCCGCUCAAGCUGUUUCAGCUGCUGUUCAUCACAGGAGAGCAUCAGAUCGUUCUGGACUGCAGACAUUCCCAUCACAGUCUAACAGUUCAGUUCUUAUGCAUGCUAUACCAAACCAAAGAAUUAUUGAUCCACUUGUGCAAUGUACAUCUCAAUCGCUUGAAUGUAAUAAUAACUGUCCGGUAAAUCAUUUAAUUUCUGAUAUAUGCAACCACGGUGAUCAUAACAAUCUGGUAGGUCAACAUGGAUUCAACUAUAGACAGUCGCAAUUCAUGUCAGAACCAUCUACAAAUAAUGUACUGAACUCGUUCAGUAUCCAUCCAACGUCGAUGUGUAACUUAUCUUCAUCUCAAGCUAUAUUUGAUCCUUCAACAUUUUAUUCAUCUCCAUCCACUGGUGGUGGUGGUAACACAGGAAACUUUGCCUGUAAUUCAGAUAUCAACUUACAUAUUCCAAAUAUCUGCACAGGUUUAGGACAACUUGCUUCAUCCUCCAUGCUGCAUUCAAUUAUACCAGCUUUUACUACCUCUGAUGGAUUAACACUCAUUCCAAGUACAAGUGAAUUGGUUGACACUUCUUCUUCUUCCUAUCCUUUCACAACAAUCUCACAUGUCACUAGUGCAACUGAUAACACAAUUCGAUUCACAAUGCCGACUUCAGGAUUAUCUGUAUCAGCACAGAAUUCAGCAUCGAAUUUCAUCUCUACUCCACUGGCAUUUUCAGAUCAUAUACAAUCAAAUAUGUUGAAUAACAACACCUUUUCAGCGCCAGGUAGUGCAUCGCAUUAUCAGUCAUCAAUUUAUUCUAAUCUGCCUACAGAAGUUGCUGCUGCUGCUGCUGCCACUGCCACUACUGUGUCUCUAGAUACAAAUAACUCACCUGUUAAUAAUAAUCAUCAAUUCACUGAUCUGAAUAAUCCAAUGAAUUUCCUGCCGAGUAUUGUUAGUCUAUCGUCAGCAACAACCGCUUCGCAUAAUGCAUCAAUUUCCCUUUAUCUACCUCCAUCAUUUUCUUCUGUUACGCCUAUACCGGUACUUCCAUUGAGACCACAGUUAUCAACUAUUGGCCCGUCUACACUAGCCACAACUCGUGGUGUCAAUACAUUGCUUCAAUUUCUCAGGCUUAUUCAUCAAAGACCUGAUUCGUACGCAUUGCCAUACUAUCCUUCUGCUAUGACUGCUACCGCUGGAGGUUCUAACCAAAGUGUUGUAGUGAGUGCUUCAGCAGGUGUCGCCAAUGGAACUCGAGUUGCAUCGGCUGUCACACCGCCCCUAGUACCACACCAUCCUAUUGUUCCUCCUCAGACAUCAUUAUUGGCUGGUUACGCAGAAAGUCGGAGAAGUGUUCAAACCAAUCUAUUAUUGGAUAAUCUACAGACAACAAUGCCGUCUCCAGUUAGUGUUCAGCCAAUUACUUCGGCAGCUGCCGCAUUAGCUGUUGCUAUGGCUGCGGCCGUUGCUCUUCAACAACAGAGCCACAGACAUGCAUCAUCAAAUGCUAUUUCAAUGCUUACUCCAUCCAGAGCUGCACCGACUCCUUCCAUACCAGUACCAAUCCUACACGCCCAUUUAUAUUAUCCUAGAAAUGUGGCAACAGUGCAACAGUUACAGCAUAAUGCUCAUCAACAAUGUUAUCACAGCCAUUAUGGUGGUGGUGGUGGUGGUGUACAACACCAACAUAGUAUAUCUCAACGACCCGCUUCUAUGCCCAAUUCAUCGGCAAAUGGUUUUGUCCCAUCUAAUUCUUCAAUCGGUCCAGUAUUUGCAGCUACUAGUAGUAGUGGCACAACCACUCCAGCUUAUCUAACUAGUCUGUUUCCCUUUCUAUUGGCUGUGCCCACACCAUCUACCUCAAACAACAACAACAAUUCAUCAGCUACGACAGGCUUUGCAGUUAAUAACUUUUCGGAAAGCUUAUUCACUCAUUACACUGAUCAUUCAGUUCGAUUCUCCAAUGGAAGCUCAAUUCUAUCUCAAAGUGUAUCUGAUCCUACUUCAGCAGCGACUGCUGCUGCUGCAGCUGCGGCCGUUGCAGCAGCUGCUGCCGCCGCUGCCAGUGUUGAUACUCUAAUCCACUUGGCAGUUCAGCUAGAAUCUACAACCAAUGGUGUUGGUGGCGGUCGUGGGCUUAGCAAAGAGGAGUUGGAAAGUCUACCGAUUCGUUUGUAUAUAUCUAAGACGAACUUUGCCAACAACAAAGAUUUCAAUGCACAGAAAAGCUAUUGUGAUGAUGAUGAUAAUGCAGCUUCUACUGCGACACACAUUACUACUACUACUAGUACUAAUGAAGAAAAUGAUGACAGUCCAUCUGAUGAAUAUGAUCGGUGCAUGAUAUGCUUAGAUGAUUAUGAAGAGAGUCAACAAAUUCGUCAAAUGCGUUGUUCUCAUGAAUUUCAUGCAGAUUGUGUGGAUAAGUGGUUAAAGACUAAACGUACAUGCCCUCUUUGUCGUGCAGACGCCUUUACGGGAAGUCAACGAAAGGAUGACUAUCUGUAAUAGAAGAGAGAAGAAGCUAGCUAAGAAGAAGAAAACAUUUGAGCACACAAGAGAAGAUGAAUAUUAAUUCCUCUCUUUUCCUCUUUUCUUUCUUAUAAUUUACCCGGUCGUUCCUUUGAUUAUUAUUUACUCAAAUUUUCAGUUUUGCUUUUUGGUUAGUGUAGUUAGUGGUAUAAUUUCAUCUAUAAGGAAAAUAUGGCUUUCAUUUUUGAUUUCUACUUACUGUGUUAUCACGUGUGUGUGUGUCUUGUGGGUUGAGUACACAUCAUGUUUGUUGAUGUGUUGUUGUUGUUGUUGUUGUAAAACACGGAUUCCUUCAUUUCACUACAUUUUUUUCCGCAUUUAAUUUUAUACACAUAUAUAAAUAAAAACAACAUACCCCUCCCCUUUUUUGUAUUGUGAAGUUUUUUGAAAUUUCAUAUAUAGUAUAUAAUAUAGUAGUCGUCAAUCUGUGAAAUUCUUCUAUCAAAUUUAAUUUGUCUAUUUAUUUACAUUUAUUUAUUUAUUUAUUGAUUAAUUAAUUUUGUUUCUUUGGGUUGCAAAACAAAUUCCUUACUCUACUCGAAUUGUGUUGUGUUUCCCUUUUUUGGCAUCUUCUUCCACUCACUCACACACACAUACCCCGUGUUGUCUAUUUCUCUCUCUCUCUCACUCCGCUCCCC